AUGGAGCCAAAGAGGUGCUUGGACGGGACUGAGCUGGUCAGGCGGGGUCGGCGUGGCCGCGAUGGACCGCCUCAUCGCCGCGAAGGUUUCUGGGUGGAGGAGCGGUCCCAUGCGGUCGCGGUUCUCGUGGGCUGGCAGGUCUGGAGGGUCAUAGGCCCGUUCGAUGGGGUCUCGCGCGCCAUCUCGAGGGCGCACAAGGCGGGCCAGGCGGAGUAUGCGGCGUCAUGUUCGCCUCACCCGAAAACCCGACCAGUCACCUCACCACCCACCAUGGCUGACAUUGACCCUCCCGUUGACGACAUCUUUGCCGGCAUCAAGAAGAAGAAGAAGGGUACCAAGAAGGUCAACCUCGACGACCUCGAGCUCGACGCCCCCGCCCCCGCUGAAUCGAAGGAAGACGCGCCUGCCAACGACGACGGAGACCUCGACUUUGCCUCGCUCAAGAAGAAGAAGAAGAAGUCUGUCCGGAUCGACUCGGACGCCGAGGACGAGGAGGACGUCAAGCCUAAGAAGGGCAAGCGCGUCGACAAGCUUGGAAACGAGAUUGACGACGACGAGCAGCCUUCCACCCCGCCUGCCGAGUCGGCUGAUGCCUCGGGCGGACUCGACGACUUCUCCGACUUGAAGAAGCGCAAGAAGAAGACGAAGAAGACGUUCGACUUGGACGCGUUCGACAAGGAGCUUGCCGAGACCGAGGCUGCCGGCGGCGAGGACGACGAGGAGGCUCCUCAGCCCAAGAGCAUCCUCAAGAAGAAGGCGACGCCCGCGGGCUCGGACGACGAGGACGAGGGUGUUGACGAGGAUGAGCCGGUCGAGGGCGAGGACCCGUUCGCGAAGGAGGACCGUGACGAGGACAGCCAGACGAGCAAGGCUGAGGCUGCGGCGCAGGCAAAGGCGUGGUUGAAGGAGGACCGUGACUACACCUACACCGAGCUCCUCGGCCGCUUCUUCUCCCUCCUCUACCAGUCGCACCCCUCGCUCUCCGGCGGCGCCGGCAAGAAGAAGUACACGAUCCCGCCCCCGCAGCUCUUCCGCGAAGGCAACAAGCGCUCGAUCUUUGCCAACAUCGCCGACAUCUGCAAGCGCAUGCACCGUCAGCCCGAGCACGUCAUUCAGUUCUUGUUUGCUGAGCUGGGUACGAACGGUUCGGUCGAUGGAUCGAGUCGGUUGGUCAUCAAGGGUCGGUUCCAGCAAAAGCAAAUCGAGAACGUUCUCCGACGAUACAUCGUCGAGUACGUGACCUGCAAGACCUGCAAGAGCCCCGACACGACCUUGACGAAGGACAACAGGCUGUUCUUCUUGACCUGCUCGUCGUGCGGAUCGACUCGCUCGGUCGCCGGUAUCAAGACCGGUUUCCAAGCCGCGACCCGUGCCGCUCGUCGUGCCGCAAGGGCUUGA